AACACCAACUGCGCUUAUAUCUUUCAAACACCAACUUUUAAGUUUUGUUCUUUCUUCUCCACGGCAGUAUUUAUUGCAACUCUCCAGUGGCAACUGGCAAGUAGCAAUAAAGCCAAGAAAAUGCCGAAGAAAAACAGUCAUGUUAAUCGUAAAGCGUGGAACUUAUUACGUCUAGCAUUGUUAUGGGCAAGAAAAGGAGGGGUGUUUAAAAGACGUUUGAUGAUGGAACUUCGUGUGUUGCCAAAGUUCAUCAAAAGUUUAGGACACAACACUCCACGGGAUAAAAUCUAUUAUGGAGAGCGGGAGCUUUCCUUUGACAAGACACCUAUUUUCAAUGUGAAGAUGCAUCGUCCAGCUUCCAUGAGAUUUCUUAUUCCUUGCAUAGCCCCGCCAGUUGAUUUUGAUUAUGAUUUUGAUGCUGAUGAUCAUUAUCAUGAUGAUAGAGAUGGAGGUUAUGGUUAUGGUUACGAUUAUGGGAGGAGUUACUUGAAAAACGAAGAAGAAGAAGAAGAAGAAGAAGAAGAGGAAACUAGUGAAGAGAAAAUUCCAUUGGAGGAACAAGGAAUUGAUUUGAGAGCGGAGGAGUUCAUAGCUAAGUUUUAUCAACAAAUCAAAAUGCAAAGACAGAUUUCAUAUUUGGAGUACAAUGAGAACCUAAAUAGAAGCACAACUUGAGUUGAGUUCAUCUGUUUCUAGUAAUUUGCUUAAAUUUGUUCAUUUAUGUGUUAGAGGUAAUUAAUGCGGCAUUUUGUAGAUACUAUAAGCUUUUA